AUGAUGAAUGAAAAUAAAAAGUUAGACAUUAUUCGGAAUAUGUUAAACACAUUACUGGGUCCCCCAGAGUUUGAAAUAAAUAAUAAAAAUGAUGAAAUCCAAAAUAUAUUAAAAAAAAAAUAUAUAGAUAAAUCAAAAAAGGUUAUAUAUUUUUAUAGGAGUUAUAUGAAUAUAUUAGAACAAAAAGAAUUAGAAAAAUUUUCAAAUUUAUAUGAUAUAAUAUUAAAUAAUUCUUUCGAAUAUUCUGAAAAGGAUAAUAUAGAUACAUAUAUGUAUUGUAAUAUAUUUCCUGUUUUAAAAAAAACAUUUGAUUCUUUUGUUUUAUAUAUAUCUAAAUUAGUAGAACAUAAACAUGAUGAAAGUUACAAAACUAUAAUAAAAAAUCUUAAUCCAAUAUUAUUAUUUUCCCAAUACAUUAUACGAUUAAGUAAUGACAUUGAUUCCGAAUUGGAGAGUAUAGACAAUGAUUUAUUAAAAGAAAGUCAAACUCCCAUACCAUUUAAUAAUAUGGCUAGUCCUGUAGAUUGUCAUAAUAUUCGUGGAAAUUAUAAUAAUACACUUUUUUUUGAAAACCAUAAUUCAAAAAUAGAAGAAAGUCAUUUCGAAAAAGAAAUACAAAAUUUUUAUAGUAAAUAUGAUAUGGUAGAAUCUGAAAAUAAAUUAAAAGAAAAUGAAAAAAAAAAAGAAAUUUUAAAAAGUAUUUAUCAUAAAAAAAAUAUACUAUCUCAAGAAGAUAUAGCAUUAUAUAAUGCAUAUUAUGAGCAGCAUAUAAAACUACGACGAAAUAAAUCUCAAAACUCAUUAUCCUCUUCUACUAUUGCCAAUUUUAAUGAUGAAAACAAAUUAGAAAUUGAUACACAUCCCAAUUCAUUUAGCAUAUCACUAGAUCUGAAAAACAAACACGGUCUUACUGACCAUUUUAGACAAAAAGAAACUAAGGAAAAUCCAAAAGUAGAGCCAAAAAAUAUAUCAGGUUUGGAAAAUGAAAUAAAUCUAGAGAGUUUUAAUGAAAUAAUAAAAAAAAUUGAAAAAAAAGAAAAUUGUGAUUUUGAAAGAAAAAUAUAUGUCUUACUUAAUAAAUGGAUAAAAGAAGAAGAUGGAAGAAGAUUUAUAAUAAAUCAAAAAUGUAAAAUCGAACCACUCUUUAAUGAAUUUAAAAAAAGAAAUCAUACAAUAACAGAUAAAGAUAUUAUUCCUUUAAUAUUUUUUAUAGAUAAAAGUUUAUAUCUAAAUUAUUCAUUAGUUAAUCAAUAUAAUUAUAACAGCUUUUAUUAUAUUUUUCAUUUAUAUUCCUCUUUUUAUUGUUCAGACACUAAUAGUAUAACAUUUAAUGAACUAUGGGAUUUUUUAAUUUCAAAUUUACCAUUAAAUAAUUAUUUAUAUAAAAAUGAUAUUAUAAUAGGAUUUAAAAAAUUUGAAAAAAAAAAAAAAAUUAUCAAAAAUUUCCAUUUUUUUAUAUCCUUCAUAAAAAAUUUUUUAAUACACCUUUUGAUAGACAUAUUUUUAUUUAUUUCUAAAAUUGUAAAAAUUGAAUUCUAUUCUACAAAUUUUGAUAAUACUCUACAAGCAGAUCAUCUUAAAUUAACUUACCCUGAAAACUUCUAUCUAUACAUAAAUUCGUUGUCUAGGUUUUAUUCUUCAUCGAGUAAUUCUUCCACCCCAUCAGAAACUGAUCUGUCAGCAACACAAAAAGUAUUAGAAGAUAAUUUAGAUCAAACUCAAAAAGAAACUUCAAUUGAAGAAAGAAAAGAAUCUCCUAUAAAUUGUAAUGACACCAGUCCAGUGAAUAAACAAAAUUCCCAAGUAGCCAAAGAUAACAACACUGAUGAUGAGAAAAAUGAUGAAAAAAAUAAUGAGAAAAAAAAAAAUAUCCUAGCCCAUUUAUUAUUACUAUUAUGGGGUAUUACCAUUAAAUUAGAUAUUUCACCUGAUGAGUUAAUAAUAUCAGAUGAUAUAUCAACAGACAUGGAUGGGGAAAUAAACGAGCAGUGCUCUGAUUGUUCAACUGACAAUUUAAACGACCAGACAAAUUGUACAUGCACAUCAGAGUGUAAGAUGAAAAAUAAAAAAAUGAAAAAAAAACAAAAUAAGCACAUUACAUCGAAUGAUUACACAUACCAAAGUGAUCACAACAUCAUAUGCAAAAAAAAAGGGAAAAAUAAUUUAUCUUCUAAAAUGAAAAAACAAAAAAGAAGCUUAUCACUAUAUUCGGAACAUAAAAAAUCGAAGAAAAAAGACAAAAUAUGUCAAACAAUUAAAGAACAAAUUAAAAAUAAAAAUAAAAUAAAUAUAGACACUUUAAAAGAGGUUGAAAAUAAAAAAAAUGAAAAAUAUUCUCACUAUUUAUAUGAAAUCCAAAAAAAAUACAAAAAAAAACGUUAUAAUGAAAAAAUCACAAAUUUAAUACAUUCUAUUGUAAAAUAUAUCAAACCGAAAACAAAAAAUUAUUACGACACCAUUAUUAAUGCAGUAAACAAAGAUAUGGAUCACGUCUUUGUAAGUAUAUUUAACCAACAAAACGAAGAAAACAAUGAUAAUAAUACAAACUCGGAUUAUAUAAAACAAGCAAGUAUCCCCGAAAAUGACCAAGAAAAAUAUAGUAAUAAUGAAAAUGAAAAUUCGAUAAAUAUUUGUGCAUCACCCAAAAAUAAUGAUAUAGCAUUUUCACAAACUCCCUUGGUAGAUAUUUUAAGGGAACCAAAUAAUAUGCUAUAUAUAAAUAGCUUUAUACAAACGAACAUUAAAAAAAGAAAAAAAUGUACAAAUCCGAUCCUUCUUUUGUGUAACUUAAAAUUAUAUAAGAAGAAAUUUCUUAACAAAUUUAAUACGGACCAUAUUUAUUUAUUAUUAUAUUUUGUAUAUUAUGUAAAUAAAAGAAUGGAUGAAAUUAUUAAUGAAGAAUUUACACCCACAGGAGAAAAAUAA